AUGGGGAGUUACGAGGAGCCAAUGGAUCAGGAACUACAGACCAGAACAGCAUAUCCAAAAUCACAAUCAAGGCCGUGGAGAGAGACGCCUCUGGUUGAGUCGGAACCACUGUCGAAGGCAGCAGGAUGUUUCAAAAAGGAAGCUGGGCUAACACAACAGCAAAACAACAGCCGCAUCUUUCUAAAGCUUGAGAACCUGCAGCCAGGCGGGUCUUUCAAAUCACGGUUAGUCCAACAAACCUCUGCAUUUCAGACCGCUCACAAGAGAUGA